CUAGAACGCCUCACGCCCUUACACACGUGUAAAGAGAGAAGCGUGAUUAAUUUUGCAAACCAAAACGAUUUUUACACAAAAAUCCAACCCUUUAUAGUGUUAUUUCUUUGUUUUUGUUAAAGAGCUACUUAUAGUUAUAUCAAAAUGUUUUGGGGUUUGAUAAUGGAACCAAACAAACGAUACUCUCAACUCGUUGAGAGAUCGUUUCAUCUUUCUAUGGCGAGUUUGGAUGUCACAGGAGCCAAUGAUCAGCCGGUUCAAGUAAUGUUGUGCUACGAGAACCGAAAUUACUUGCUCUGCACACUGAAAAAGGGGACAAUUUUUCAAGUACCCUUAGAUCUGAAUUUCCAAGAAGGGACAAAAAUUGCAUUCACAUGUAAUGGUUUCGGCCACGUGCACUUGACCGGUUAUCUGACCCUCGACGAAGAUCUUGAUUUCGGCGACCUCGAGGAGGAGGAAGAGGAGGAUGAGGAGGAAGCGCCACAGUUGGUGAAACCAAAAAGAAAAGCUGUCGAGUCACCAGCCGCCACAAAAGCCAGCAAAAAAUUGAAGAAGCAAGCUAACGAUGACGAGGACUCGUCCGAAGAUGACGACGACGACUUGGAUAUGGAUGCAGCAGCAGCAGCAGCAGAGUCCGACUCUGACGACGAGGAUCAGACCAAAUUGGUGGAGGCUGAUGACGACGAGGAGGAGAGUGAAGACGACGACAGCGACGACGAGGACGAGGACGAUGAUAGUGAAGAUGAGGCUGAACCCGAGCAACAAGUCGCCAAGUCGAAUAAAAAGAAGCAGAAGCAGCAGGCUCAAAAUCAGGCGGGCAAAAAACAGGAGAAACAGAAACUGGUCAAUGGAAAGGAUUCUUCGAAGCUCGAUUUGAGUAAACAGAAAAAGAAUAAGUCAGAACAGCAACAGCAGCAGCAGCAGCAGCAGCAGAAUUCUCAACAAACAAAAAGGAGAACGAUUGAGGGUGGUGUGUUGGUGGAAGAUCUGGUGGUGGGAAAUGGCGCACCUGCGAAACCAGGUAGAGCCGUGACGGUUUAUUACACUGGACGGCUCAAGAAUGGAAAGAAGUUUGAUGAGACGAGGCAGGGCGAUGGAUUCAAAUUCCAACUGGGCAAGGGCGAAGUCAUCAAGGGAUGGGAUGUUGGUAUCUCGGGGAUGAAAAUUGGAGGAAAGAGACGCUUGACGAUCCCAGCAGCUAUGGGAUAUGGAAACAAAGGUUCGCCACCAGUAAUUCCCGGAAACAGCACGCUUAUAUUCGAUGUCGAGCUGAAGAAAGUACAUUAACGUGAAGAAGGGAGUUAAUAAGUAAUUCAAAGAUUUUUCUACCGCCGCCGCACUGAUACAAAUACUGUUCUGAAAACCUUUUCUUUCCAGUAUUCAGAUAUUGUUUCCAGUAUUUAAGAGACAAAUAAGUACCGCUUUUUUAUUUUAGGAAUCGGUUAUAAUUUGUUACAGGUUUAGAAUAAUAUUUUUUUUUUCCGUGGAUUUAUAUUUUUACCUAGAGACGUGCAUGUGAAAAAUACUGGCGUUUUCGACAGAGUCCUAAAGUUUGUUAUGACUGGUCAAAUGUUUUCAUUCCAUGUCGAUUGAGGUACAUACAUGAUAUUAAUAUUGUUUUUCGAGGAUGAGAUAUCCGACUUUGAGGAGCCAUGUUCAUAAGUAAAUGUUCAUAUACUUUGUAAUAAAAGUUUAUUCAUCUUUCUCAUAA